GUAUGUAGCUCUUUUGUGAAUGGUUUGGUCCACAGUUCCGUAAAGACCACGUGACCAAUAUGCAUAUUAUCAUAUCUCACAUGUAACAAGCGUGAAAUCUUACAAACACUGCACAGCUUCUUCGCAUUAUGUUGGAAAAUAGUUAAUUACUUCAAUGGAUAAUUAAGAAACAAUGGUGUGACUUCCUUCUCUGUCUAAAUUGGGGAUUUUACUGUGUUUUGGGAUUAAAACGUUUUAGUAAUACUUUUUCUUUCUACUUGGAAUAUGCGCUAAAAUGAGAUUGCUAGUCUUCCUUAGUUUGGCUGUUUUUUGUACAGCCGGGACUCUCCCCAGUGCGGAUUUUGACAGAUCGUUUGUGAAGUACAUGUCAGACAAUGGCUACAAAGGGGGACAGGUGGGGGUAAUGAUUCAGGACAGAUUAGCGUUUGCUAAAGGUUACGGUAAAAACCACGAGCAUCAGGAUAUCUACGUCCACAACCUGAUUCCGGUCGGUUCCUUCUCCAAGGCGUUCACGGCAGUGACGAUCCUGAAGCUGGUGGAAGACGGACAACUUGACAUUAACGCUAAAGUGUUCGGAAAAGACGGGCUGCUUCACGUGAUCAAACCCUGGAACAAGGCGACGGUGGAUCGGCGGAUCUACGACAUUACCGUGGACCACUUACUCCGACACACCGGGGGAUGGGAUUACACCAAGUCCAAACUGAUGGAACCGCUUCUGAAUUCCGCUCUUAUAGCAAACGGCUACAACGUAGAAAACAUCUCUGCAGAAAUGAACGUUCCAGAGCUCAAAACCCCCAUCGAUGUCAUUCGGUUUAUGAUGUCCAAACCCCUUGAUUUUACCCCAGGUACACGCUCAGCUGUGUCAAACCUUGGGUACGCUAUUCUAGGACAAAUCAUCGAAAUGAUAACGGAUUUUGAUUAUGACGAAUACGUCAAAAAGCACGUAAUGAUUCCGUGUGGAAUGAUGUACACGAAAAUUGGACGACCACAUGUCUUCACAAAGACACGUGACACAAACGAACCGCUAAUGAGUGACGUCACAAAAGUGAGCCCCGAGUUCGUUGGACCCGCAUUGGGAUGGGAAUCGAACAUGUAUGACAUCAUGAGAUUUUCUUCUUGUUUGGAUGGGUCAGGAGACUUCAAGCUUUUGUCUGAUAAAUCUCUCAAGUCCUUAAUGGCAAAACCUUCUGCAGCCCCAGUUCAACACAGCAGUACCUGGAUCGGGGCUGGAUUCAGUGUUAACAGUCGCGGCGCUAUCUGGAUGGAGGGGGAAUUCUUCACGGAUGAUUUGUUGUUCUUCCAUCAUGGUCCUCUAGUCAAGGAUGCACAGCAGCAGAAUUCUGAUACAACGACCCCUACAGCAUAUGCUGCUUUCUUCACGGGUCAGAUGUUCACACCUUUAAAAAGUGGAAUUCAUGGCCUUGUGAAAGCAGAGAACACAUGGUCUGCCGAAAAUAAGUUUCUUGAUGACUUGGCUGACGUAAAAACAAAAUCCGGGAAAAUAGAACAAGUAAUAAAAUAUAAACUGGAAGAACACCAUCUCCAAGGUUAUACUCGCGCUCUGUCCCUCCUUCGUUACGACAUCAAGUGGAUAAAUGGUUUUUCGUACCUGAAGAAUACAUACUUUGUCGUUAUUGCUCAGAAAUCAGACAAGCCACUCUUCGAUAAAGUUGUCAUUACACCAGGACUGACGGAAUCAAGCUUAACCCAACAUAAAUUACACCUGGAGAAAUCAGGUUUCAACUUAACGUACAUGCAAAACUAUAUGUCGCAUUCCCACCGUGGUUCCGUUUUCUUGGCAAUCUUUCGGAAAAAUUCCUACAAAAAUUCGACAGUCAUACGAUACGGUGUUCAGCAUUACACACAGUCGUACAAAAAACUGAUCGAGCUUUACUCCGAGCAAGGCUACAUUCCAACAUCGCAGUCGCUGAUGUACAAUGGCGUGGAUGGCCUUGUAAGCUUUAUUCUCCAAGAGGACGAGGACAGGAAAUCCCAAAAAGAUUAUCGAUCUUAUGAAGACAUCCCGCAGUCACGACUCUAUAAACUGGUCAACAGGAACGCCAGGUACAAGAGGAAACUAGUUUACUUAGACGAAGCAGACUACUUCGGAAAACCCCAAUUUUCAGCAGUAUUUGUUAAUGAUAAAGUGAAUUCGAUGCUAUUCAAUUCCAAACUAUCUGUAAAAGACAUGACAAAACUUAUAAAGCGAGAGGAGAUGUACGGCAAACUGCCUCGUAUUGUUGUCGCAUAUGAAGACAAAGGUUCUCUGUGGUAUGCAGUGUUUCUUGAGAGAUGAACCAGACAUAAAACUUGAAUGGUUACAAUAACUAUGAAACAGAAAGCCUAUUUUGAAGUGUAGCGAAAUUCUUGCUACAAAAAUUAAAAAACGUUGAUAUUAUUGUAAAUAAGAUGGAAUCAAAGCACAGCGUGAUACUAGUACUGUUGGGCAUAUUUUCGCGCACACCAUAUUGUUAAGGUGGCAAAGUGGCCCACCGGAACUAGGUUAACCAUUAGCCUAACCAUAGGCUAUAUCAUCCGCCCUUUAAACGAGGAAAGUCACUCUUCCCAAGUUUAGGCUUAAGUCUACAGUCUUAGGGAAAUCAUACAAUUUUUCAAAGGAUUCUUAACAUAUAAUGGCGUGUUUUUAUUUUGUAUUUAUUGAUAUUGAUCGACAGAUGCUUCUUACAUGCUUAUAAAAACAUUUUAUGUCUCUCCUGUCAAAAAAAUACUUCUACGUGAGUACUGUGUAGUUGUGUACAGGGAUUCACCUUCAUUAUCCAGUUGAAUAUUUUACUGGAAUGGAUCAUUGAUACGUAAUUUAAUUUUCAUAAUAUAUUUGUAAAGGCGAUAAUUGACAGACGCAGCUUCCUUUGUAUCUCUGUUUAGUUUAAUAUACAUGUGUUACAGAAAAA